CUUGGCUGAAGCUCUUUGUCUGACUGCAGAACAAAGCAUCGAUCCUAUUUAUCUAAUUUACUUCUGGCACAAUGUUCUCUCCUGCACCGCUAUUCUUACACCCCCCCUGAUCAAGGCUUUCUUGCCAUUGUCCCUUGAAAUGCAUCUUCUCGACCGGCUGCUGCUGCUGCUGCUGGCAGUGGCUUCGACUGUUGCAGCCGUGAAGGUCAAUCCGCUGCCGGCUCCCCGCAACAUUUCCUGGGGAAUCUCCGGUCCCAGAAGCCUUGCCAACUAUUUGAUCCUGCGCUCCGACUCCCAGACCACGUCUCCCAACAGCUUCAUCGUCGCGGAUGCCUGGGAUCGCGCCUGGAGUUCCAUCGUUUCGCUGCAAUGGGUGCCUGCUGCCGUGGAGGCGCCUAUCUCGUCUUACGCUCCUUUCCCCACAGCCGCUGCGCAGAAACGCGAUGUCGCGUCUUCGUCCUCUCCUUUAAGUGUUCUCUCUCUCCACAUCGACGACUACUAUGCCGAUCUGCAGCAUGGCGUGGAUGAGUCGUACACCAUCGACGUGCCGCGGACCUCCAACACCAUCAGAGUAACGGCAAAGACCGUCUGGGGCGUUCUCCACGCCUUCACCACCCUCCAGCAGAUCGUCAUCUCCGACGGCCACGGCGGUCUUCAGAUCGAACAACCUGUCAGCAUCCAGGAUGCUCCCCUGUAUCCUUACCGCGGCAUCAUGGUCGACACGGGCCGCAACUUCAUCUCGCUCUCGAAGAUCCUCGAGCAAUUGGACGGCAUGGCCUUGUCCAAGCUGAAUGUCCUCCAUUGGCAUCUGGACGACUCGCAGUCCUGGCCUGUACACAUGUCCUCGUAUCCGCAGAUGACCAAGGAUGCGUAUUCGCCGCGCGAGACCUUCACCCACACCGAUAUCCAGAAGGUCGUCGCGUAUGCGCGCGGACGCGGUAUCCGUGUUGUUCCCGAGGUGGACAUGCCGGGUCAUUCGGCCGCAGGGUGGAAACAGGUUGAUCCGCAGAUGGUGGCGUGUGCGGAUUCAUGGUGGUCCAACGACGUCUACGAGUACCAUACGGCCGUCGAGCCAGUGCCAGGCCAGCUGGACAUCAUCUACAACGGCACGUACGAGGUUGUGCGCAACGUCUACACGGAGCUAUCGGGCCUCUUCUCUGACAACUGGUUUCACGUGGGCGGCGACGAGCUUCAAACCGGCUGCUACAACUUCAGUCAGCGCAUCACGAGCUGGCUCGCAGAGGAUCCGUCCCGGACCUGGGACGACCUGGUGCAGUACUGGGUCGACCACGCGGUGCCCAUCUUCAAGUCCAUCAGCCCCAACCGGCGUUUGAUCAUGUGGGAAGACAUCUUCCUGUCGGAGGUUAGCGCGCCCAACGUUCCCAAGGACAUCGUCCUCCAGACGUGGAACAACGGCCUGGCCAACAUCCAGAACCUCACCGCGAACGGCUACGACAUCAUCGUCUCCUCAUCAGACUUCAUGUACCUCGAUUGUGGCUACGGCGGCUUCGUCACCAAUGACCCUCGCUACAACGUAAUGACAAACCCCGACGCCAACACCAGCACCCCCAACUUCAACUACCAGGGCAACGGCGGCUCCUGGUGCGCCCCGUACAAGACCUGGCAACGCAUCUACGACUACGACUUCACCCUCAACCUGACGGAGACACAGGCGCGACACAUCCUAGGCGCCGCGGCGCCCUUGUGGUCGGAACAGGUCGACGACGUCGUCGUCUCGGGCAAGAUAUGGCCGCGGGCCGCGGCCUUGGCCGAACUGGUCUGGUCUGGGAAUCGGAAUGCGAGCGGCCGGAAACGCACAACGGAGAUGACGCAGCGGAUUCUCAAUUUCAGGGAGUAUCUGGUUGCGAAUGGGGUGCAGGCGGCGCCGUUGGUGCCGAAGUAUUGUUUGCAGCAUGCGCAUGCGUGCGAUCUUUAUUAUAACCAGAGUGCUGUUUUUGAUUUGUAGGAUGUAUGGGUAUCUAGUUGUAAUCUAAUGGGUUAGGAUAUGCUAUACGGAGUACGGAAUAGGGAGAAGACGAGUAAACACCACGUAGCAGGAAGCAAUAACGACAGAUGUAGAUCUCGAUUAACAUUUAGCCGAGAAAAAGAAAAGAAAGGAGAUCUCUA